AUGAACGCGUGGCUCACUUGGAAGCGGGCGGAAAGUGACGAGGACGCCAUUGCCAUCUCUGAGGGCACCUUCUUCUACAGUCUCCUUAGUCAUUGCCUUCUGAGUAAUUCGCCACUCUCCCAAAAUUUUCCCCCGAUUAAUGACCUCCUCGCGUAUGGAAAACUAUCGUCCCUUUCGGAAAAUGCCUGGUUCGCUGUUGCAAUCAAGAACUGUUACAAUCAUGCGGUUGCCAAGGCAUCAAAAAGCCACUGCCUGGAUCCAAUGACAGCGUCUAUGGCAUCGGCGAUGGCUUAG